CGCCCGCACUCACUCGCUCGACGACACCAAAAGAAUCUUCUUGGCCAGACCUGCCUACCAGCAGCAGAGAACCGCAGCGAGCGACAGUGACAGCAUCCCCCGCCAUCACCACCGCCACGCCUCCACCACCCACACGCGCCCCUCGGCCCGCCGGCCCCCUCACACAGAUGAUGACAUAAGAAGUCUUCGGCACCGCGCUUGCUUGACCGUCCCGCCACUCCUCCCCCUCCACGACCAGCGCCCGCAUGGCCUCGUCAACCGCCCGCCAUGCUUCUCCAGGCCGCGGGAGGUCGACCAGCCCGCGCCCUCCGCGCCCCUCGCAGCGCCCCCGCCGUGCCGGCGACGACGACGAGGGCAGCUUUAUCGACUCGCUGCCAGAUACCCGCCAUCUGCAGGCCUUUGGCAAAAAAGUCACGGCGACCGCUGGCAGCUUAAUUGGCGCCGAGGGCGUCACCCAGCACUACCAGAACGCCAUUGGGGAGCUUCACCGCGAGCUUCGCCGGCCCUUGAUGCAGCGCUCCGUCUUCUCCUUCGCCCAGACGACCCCCCGCGAGCUUGUGCGCUCGCGCAUAUCCGUGCCCGAGAUUCAGCAGCGCGCCCUCGCCUACAUUCCAAACGACCUGCUCGCCAACAUUCCCGAGGACAACAGCGAGUUUUCGCUGUUCCAGGGCUUCGAGGCCUCGCUGCCAGACAAGCCCGACAGCAGCCCGCGCUCCCAUGGACGCCACAAUGCGCGGGGCCAGAGGCUGAUUGGCGCCGGCCUCGAGGAUGAAGACCCCAACGUGCCGCCGUCGAUGCGCAAGCUCAAGAACCAGCGCGAGACCAUGGCCCAUCGCCUUGAGAUGAUGGGCGUGCGCAAGCACAUGUGCGUGGCCGAGAUCCACGAGAUCGACAACAAGAUUGCCAACCUCAACACGAUGCGCAAGAUGGUCAUUGACCGGCUGGCGGGGCUGGAGCUGGAAGAAGGCGAGCUGGAGCAGGACCUGCUGACGGUGGACAACCAGAUCGAGGACCUGCAGGAAGAGCUCGACGACGAGGCCGCCCUCGCGCCCAAGACGGCCGGCUCGCAGACCAGCGACGAGCAGUCCGAGGGCAAGGGCGAGUUCAUGUCCGAGUCGAUAUACCAGAAGAUACCCUCGUCGCCCCGGACAAGAGGCAAGGCAAAGAGGGUUUCAAAACGCAUGUCCAUGCCCGUGCUGCACGAGCACCUGCAGCCCGGGUCCAAGAUCAAGGAACUGCCCGCGCACUUGGAGUCCAUCACCGCCAUGGACUUUGAUGCACCCUGGGGCAUGAUGGUCACGGCAGCCCUCGACGACACGGUACGCGUAUGGGAUCUCAGUGCCGGACGGUGCAUAGGAAUGCUAGAGGGCCACCUCUCUUCGGUGCGCUGCCUGCAGGUUGAAGACAACAUUGUCGCCACGGGCUCUGUCGACGCCUCGAUACGGUUAUGGGACCUGAGCCGAGCCGAGUAUGCGCCCAUGGACAACCGGAUAAACAAGCCCGACGAAGAAAGCGACGAUGGCCUUGCAUUUGAAAACGCCGAAGACGCACCGCCUGCGCCCCCGUCGACGAGCAUGCAGGACUGCCCCAUGUUUUCUCUCGAGUCGCAUGUUGACGAAGUCACUGCUCUCCACUUCCGCGGUGACACACUGGUUUCUGGUUCUGCCGACAAGACGCUCCGGCAAUGGGAUCUUGUCAAAGGACGAUGUGUGCAGACGCUCGACGUGCUCUGGGCUGCUGCACAAGCAACAGCCGCAAACACUACCAACACCUCAUGGAAACAGACUGGACGUUCGACGGACUCGUCUGCUGAUUUCGUAGGAGCCAUCCAGGUCUUCGACGCCGCACUCGCCUGUGGUACCGCCGACGGCAUGGUGCGCCUGUGGGAUCUGCGAAGCGGCCAGGUGCACCGGAGUCUUGUUGGCCACACUGGGCCUGUGACUGCUCUGCAGUUCGACGAUGUUCAUCUUGUGACGGGCAGCGCCGACAGGAGCAUUCGUAUCUGGGAUCUCCGAACCGGCGCCAUCGCCGACGCCUACGCCUACGACGGCCCUGUGACCAGCAUGAUGUUCGACUCGCGCCGGAUUGUCGCUGCAGCGGGCGAGGACGUGGUCAAGGUCUACGACAAGACGGACGGAAGACACUGGAACUGUGGACCUGGGGCCAACGAAGAAGACACAACGACACACUCCAUCAUCGAGCAUGUCAGGAUCAAGGACGGAUACCUCGUGGAAGGACGCAAGAACGGGACUGUCGGCGUAUGGUCGUGUUAGCGGCGCGAGGCUUGAUGGGGCCCGACGAGUGUAUAUACGAAUCAGGAGACACGCAAUACAUAGCCAGGCAUGAACAUGGUAAUGCCGUUGUACGACUAGAAGACGA